UUGAAGGAGGCCAUGGAGGAGAUUUGAAAGACAAGGAGGACGUGAAAUAAGGGAAAAAGACAAGGAAGGAUUGAGAAAAUAUCGAGACAUCGAAGCUUGUUUGUCCUUACAUUUUCAGCUACAUAUAAGCUGUCUCUUUCCUUAUGUUUAUCGCCAUUAUCUCGUAAUGUCAACAGUGGAAAGACGUUACCCACCUCCAGCUUCUAUGAAAAUAUAUUGUUGGAAAGUAUUGCUGGAAAGUAAAGGGAACCAUUAUCUAAAAAGGCCAGAUUGCGUCCACUAAUCAUCCAACUCGACAUAUAUCUAAAGCAUGGAUCUUAUCAGGACAUCGAAGGUUGAUAAUGUUCGCCUACUUGGUCCAUCAAAGAAAAGUAAGCCAGUAGUUGGAACACUACAUCUUACCACUACACAUCUGAUCUUCAUUGAUCCUCAAGGGGCCAAAGAGACAUGGAUUCUUCAUAGCCAUAUUGCAGCAAUAGAAAGGCUUCCACUAACAGCUGCUGGCUCACCUCUCAGAGUUAAAACAAAAACGUUCAACAUAGUGACUUUCGUUAUCUCAAGAGAAAGAGACUGCUUAAAUGUAUAUUCCACCCUAGAUGAGCUAUCCAGCCCGAGCAGCCUUGAGGACCUGUAUGCAUUUCACUACAGCCCAAAAGAAGAUAAACUUUUGCAAUCUGCUGGAUGGCAGCUUUAUGACGUAACAACUGAAUUUCAUAGAAUGGGGACUCCUCCAGAAUUCUGGGUUGAAAGCAAACUCAAUAAAGAUUAUAAGCUGUCGCCAACAUAUCCUCCAGUUGUCCUCAUUCCAGCCUCUGCACAAGAAUCAGUAGUUGUUGGCAGUGCACAGUUUAGAAGUAAAGGCAGAUUUCCAGCCCUUUCAUAUUACCAUAAAAGUACCAAGGCAGCAAUAUGCAGAAGUGCCCAGCCACUGGCAGGGCUAAAUACCAGGUCUGCAGAGGAUGAAAUGAUGCUACAAGCCAUCGUCAGGUCCAACCCGGCCUCUUCUGUCAUGUACAUCAUUGAUACCAGACCCAAGAUCAAUGCAAUGGCCAACAGAGCCGCCGGGAAAGGAUACGAAAAUGUUGAAAACUAUGAUAAUGUGAAGUUUCAGUUCAUUGGUAUUGAGAAUAUUCAUGUAAUGCGACAGAGUCUUCAGAAGAUGCUGGAAGCUUGUGACUCGAAUGAAAAGUCGAUAUCCACAUUCCUUGGUAUUCUCGAAAGUAGUGCAUGGCUCAAACACGUCAAGGCUGUGCUAGAUACAUCAGUCUUUAUUAGCAAGGCUGUCGAUAUAGAAAAAUGCAGCGUCCUCGUGCACUGUUCAGACGGAUGGGACAGGACAGCACAAACCUGUUCCUUAGCAAGCAUCAUGCUUGAUCCCUAUUACAGAACAAUCCACGGCUUUCAGGUGUUAAUCGAGAAAGAAUGGUUACAUUUUGGACACAAAUUUAUCGACAGGUGUGGUUUUCUCAAAGGCGACUCAAAGGAAACUUCUCCAAUUUUCACUCAGUUUUUAGAUUGUGUCUGGCAAUUUACACAACAAUUUCCAACGGCCUUUCAGUUCAACCAAAGGUUCUUGAUAACGAUUCACAACCAUGUCUACUCCUGUCAAUUUGGUACAUUUCUUGGAAACUGCUGCAGAGAAAGGGAGGAGCUCAGUCUUUCAGAAAGAACGUUUUCGUUGUGGGGCUUCAUGUGGCAGCAUAUCAGCGAAUACGUCAAUCCAUUUUACAACGAAGAAGACUACAGCAUACUCAUCCCUUCAACGUCCCCGCAACACAUAAGGUUUUGGCGUGGUUUGUAUGCAAGAUUUGACAAUGAUAUUCACCCAAGAGAAUCCAUCACAGAUCACAUUUGCGCCAUAGAUGACCAAAAUAAAUCACUAGAAGAUCACAUUCGACUUUUGGAAAAGAAAGUCAGAAAAAUGAAAAACUUCUUGGAAAAAAGAAACGAAAAUUCAGAAGAAAGUUUGCGUCCAAAUGAAGAAAGUGACAAUCCGUCAACUUCUUGUUAUAUUGAUCAAAAAAAGGAGCCGUUAUCAGAACCACCUUCGUUGCUUCUGAACGAAAGGUUUUUGUUGGAUAAAAAGAGCGAGGAAGAUGAAUUAUUGUCAAACAUCUUAGAGCAGAUGCCCUCCUUUUCGGUUGAAUGGAAAUCACUAAGAGGCGUUACUCAGUGCUCCUGCGGCAGUCCUAUUGACUACCUAACUCGCAAAUUCAAUUGCUGGAAUUGUGGCGAAGUCUUUUGCAGUCACUGUAUUGAUAGGCAAUCAAGUCUGCCUGCGCAUUAUUCUGAAAACAAAGUUCCUGUCUGCAAGUCUUGCUUCAAGUUGCUACGAAGAUAAGGCUUUCUGGAGACUUUGUCAUUCUGCCACGAACAAAUGAUGCAUGAAGAGGUUUAAGCAAACACCAGGUCUGCAACGAUGUGAUAAAGUUGUGUAUGGGAAAAGAAGACUUGAGCACUAGACUCUGCAAAACGAGACUUGCUUUUUUAGCACCAGAGACUGUAAAGUGAGACUUGCUAGUUUAAUCGUGACGUGAAUGACGUGGUAACCAAUGAAACUUAGCUAUAGUUCGAAUUUUAGUUCAUUACAUGGUCGGUAAACACCACUGGAAAAAGCAUGUUGACAUUGCUGAUGUUUUUGCAAAAGCUCUGCCUUGUCAACCUGUCCUUGGAAUAAUAUUUUCGACAAUUUUCUAAGUUAAACUGAUGACGUAAGUUGUGACAAGUUUGUUGUUUACACUUGAUCUCUAAAGAGUAUGUUAUAGAAAUACGUCAGUUUAGAGUUGCAAAGGGUUUAAAAAGGGUUGCAAAGGAUGACCAUUCUUUCGGAACAUUCUUUUUAUUCGGUUUCUAAACAACUAGCUGCCUCGUAAAAAAUGACGAUUUUGUUUCUGAAGGCCUUUGAUAAGUGUCUUCACUUCGUUCUUCACUUGUCUUCUUGGAAAGAAGAACUUUGAUCAAUCAAGGGGGUUUAACGCAAUCGGAGAAAGGCAAAUUGAGCGAUGUAGAUACAUCAAAUCAAAAGCAAUUGAUACCUUGAAAAUAGUUUAAACAUUUGCUUUUCAGUGUAGUCUGAAUGGCGCAUAUUAAAAAAAGCGAGAGGUUUGAGCUGCCAUGUGAUCGAAUCCAUGUAUAAUUUUGACCUGAUCACUUUUAAAAACUUAUCAUCACAUGCAAAAUUUAGAGAGAAGUAUAAAAUUUACAUAGAUAUCUUGAUCGAAUAUCGUUUCUUAUAAAUAAUUGAGCUUUAUUCUUGAUAUGCAUUGUGCAAUGAACACGUGUUGAUACAUGAUUUUAAGGAAUGGCUGGUAAAUAAGAUUUUUUAGAUUGUUAGAAAGUCAUUUUUGAUUAAACAUCUGCAGCGUCCAGAAAUCCUCUGAAAAGAACGAAAUUCAAAACUUCGAGCAAAGACCAAAACACUUUAUCAUUGCGAUCCUCUUGAAAAAACGGAUAUAUGAUUUGCAGUAAGAUUUUUUAUUAUUGACUGUCACUUUUGAUGUAAUUGGUUACAGUAAGUGUUUGUCCCAACUAGUUGUCCCAUUGUAGCAUCUUCGUGCCAUUUAAGCGACAGUACUCUUAGGGUGUCCCUCGGACCCAGUCUUGUUAGAAGCGAAAUUGAUCAUUAAUGAUAUUAUUUCAACAUUUUUUUGCUUUGCUACCAAUUUUACAAAAAAGCACUUCUAGGGACAAAAAAGUGACUAUCUAUUUGAAUCAGGUACAAGACGAGUCGAGCUUUUCACCCUUUAUAAUUCAGUCUUUGACCCUGGAUCACAGGCUGGCAGAGAUCUUGAUGAUUGUCUAUCACAUGCUCGUUUUCAGGAUGAUUAUUUUCAGAUUAUAUUAUAUCCUCUUAAAUUCAAUUGAAUCGGAAUGUUUGUAAAUUCUCCUCUUACUUUGAAAGACUGACUUCAUUUUAUAACUUCUGAAUUUUAUCAUAGAGAAUUGCCCUUCCGCACAAGUUGUUUUUCAAGCCCCCCCCCCCCCCCCCCCCCCAUUAAAGACAUACAAUUUAUUGAAGAAAAAGAAUUAUCGUACUAAUCUUAUAACGAAUGAAUAUAUGCAUCACUUGAGAGCUUGAUUAAAAAAACUAAUUACAAUUGAAGUCCAAAGUUAACAAAACUAAAGAUUAACGUUAAACGUUAAAUGAUUAAAUUUGUAUAAUGAAUCUAACCAUGUUUUGUGGGCGCUGUAACCUCAAACACUUUGUCCAUCCGCAUAUAAAGGAUAUUCGCCGAGUUAAAGAAGAAGUAUUUCUCGCCCUGUAGUAUAAUUGUUGACUGUUUGCGAUAAUUGUAACGUAUCAAUACAUUUCUGUAGCAGUUGAACUUGCAAAGUAUGGCUCUCAAUUAUGAAAUUUGAAAUAGAUACGCAUAAAAGCAGCAUAUAAGAUUAUUUGCUUAUGACCACACCCUUAUAGAGUGAGA